AUACAAGAUUACGUGUCAGUUUGUAUUAUGUAUCUAUGUUAUUUAUUUGUACGUGUUAUACAUAUAUGUGCAGUAACGUAUAUAUGUAAUUGGGGUUAAGCGACAUAUAACUCACUACACGCAAGUCAUCACGUUAUACGUGGUUUCUCAGCAUCGCGAGAUUUCUGUUUGACCCGUACAGAAAUGGCGACAGCUACAAAAAUAAUUCAGAGGAUUCGAAAUUAUUUAUCAGGGCAAGAUCUUCAAUCUAAACUUCAGCUCCGGUAUGGUGAGAUUGCAAAAAGAACUCAACCAGCACCCAAACUUCCAGUUGGACCUUCUCACAAGUUUGCCCAUAACUAUUACUGUGAACGAGAUGGGCGAAGAGAAGCAAUGCCGCCUACCGUCGUGAUGUCGUUUCAAAAAGCACUUGAAGCUGGAGGACAAGCUCCUGCAGUGCAAGAAAAGUGUCCAGUUGUCCCUGGUUGUGGGAAGGAUCUUCCAUUGUCUACGGAUCAACCAUAUCUCUGAAGAACAAUUGAAAAUGAUCAUUAUUUCCUUUAUCUUCUGUUCUUAAUGGAAGAAUGUUCUUAAGUAGCACAGUAGUUCAUGCUCUUUGGUGCUUGAAAAUCUAAAAGUAUUAAUAAAGUUUGGAAAAAUGACAAUGA